CGUAAACCGAGGCCGCUUAGUCGUAAAGAGUACUUAUAUAAUGCAAAAUGCAACCAUUAGAAUGGAGCGAAAUGCGUUUAUUAAUAAUACUGAUAUUCCUUACUGCUGCCAGAGGAUUUCAAUAUAUUCUUCAAAAUGGUAGUUUUGAAGUAUUAGACAGAUAUGAUCCUAAUCUGAUAGUCAGCAGGUUCACGACAAAAGAUGGCACGAAGAUGAAUAAUAUCUUCUUCACGAAGAGUAAUCAACUUAUAGAUACUUCAUUCAAGAAAGAUCCCGAUAACGCAUUCCUCAUAAUCACUCGUACACUUUAUGAUCCCAAUGGCGAACUCCUUGAUUGUUUCCAACUUAAUGAUAACACGGAAUGGUUCGGCGGGCCACAGUUUCGCUAUCAGCACUGGCCUAUACAGAAUAUGUACUAUGAAGAAGAGCCAUACUUGCCUACGCAUCCUUCAAACAUGGCAUUAGCCGAGCGUUAUUGGCUGUCCAGCAAAGGGAUUUACAUCUACGUGGACGAUGCAAGCCCACUAUUCCUCGAUCAGAACAAUUAUCGGGAUAAGUACUUAUGCAUGAUCGCCAAGAAUAAAGCGCCCUAUCAGUAUCGCGAUGUCAUCAAUAUCACAUAUACAAUAGGUUUUUUUUCGGAUCCGAAAGCUGCUCAUCAAUACGCAGUAAAAAACCAUUUGGGUAGGCCAACGGGUCACCCCGACAGCCUGAUGGUUAAAUAUCCUAUAUGGUCUACCUGGGCCAGAUACAAGACCAACAUCACCUCGCAAGUGGUAGAGACCUACGCGGAUGAAAUCGUCGCCCAUAGAUUCAACAAUAGUCAAAUCGAGAUUGAUGAUAACUGGGAGACCUGUUACGGCUCCGCCGAGUUUGAUCCCAUCAAGUUUCCUGAUGUCAACGCUCUUACGCAGCGAUUGCAGGAAAAGGGCUUCCGCGUCACUUUGUGGAUACAUCCUUUCAUCAACCGAAAUUGUGAACCCGCAUACUCCACCGCGCUGAAUAACGAUUACUUCGUUAAAAACCAAGAUGGAAACGUUCAAAUGUCGUGGUGGCAAGGUUCAGAUGCCGCCACGAUUGAUUUUACGAAUUCGAACGCUGUGACAUGGUGGACGGAACGCCUGAGUCGUCUUCAGCGAGAUUUAGGCAUCAAUAGCUUUAAGUUCGAUGCCGGCGAGGUGUCCUGGUUACCACAGGUGCCGAAGUUAAAUGAACAGUCUGAGUUGCAGCCAGGUAUAUUCACGGAAGAAUACGUCCGCAAACUCGCAUCAAACUUCCCCCAUAACAUUGAAGUGCGGGUGGGAUGGCGUACUCAGGACUUACCGAUAUUUGUUCGCAUGAUCGACAAGGAUACCAGGUGGACGUGGAACAAUGGUCUACCCACACUGAUCACGACGCUACUACAGAUGAAUCUUAACGGAUACGUCUAUGUGCUGCCAGACAUGAUCGGCGGCAACGGCUACGGAACGGUACCAUCUAAAGACUUAUUCAUCAGAUGGUUGCAGGCCACUGUUUUCAUGCCAUCGAUGCAAUAUUCUUUUGUGCCAUGGGAUUUCGAUGAAGAAACUAUCAAAAUCUGCAGAGAAUAUACCGAAUUGCACACGAAUUACUCGACAGAAAUUAUAAAAGCCAUGCAGCAGACUAUUGAGAAAGGCACUCCUGUAAAUCCACCCAUUUGGUGGAUUGAUCCGUUCAACUCAGAAGCUCACAAGAUUAAUGACGAAUAUCUCCUUGGUGAAUCUAUAUUGGUUGCUCCGAUAGUUGAAGAGGGUGACGAAUAUCGUGAUAUCUACUUACCUAAUGGAACAUGGUUAGAUAUGAAUCGAGGAACCACUUAUAAAGGACCGAAAUGGCUGGAAGGCUAUUAUGCUUCUUUAGACGUACUUCCUUACUUCAAAAAAUUAUAAA